AUCGACGGUUGAGGUAGCUUUUCCAUUUGGAAACCGGAAGACGGGAAGCAGCCGGCCGCAUAAACUCCGCCGCCGCCGCCGCCGCGUCGAAUCAUCUAUGGGUGGCGACUCUACAUCAGGAGGGACGGAAGUAAAGCAGAGGCAGGAAUGGAGCCUUUCAGCGUCAGAUGCUUCCUACCGCUUCGCUACCAGUGGGCUCGCCGUUGCCGCUGCAACUGGUGUUACUCACCCUCUAGAUGUUCUCAAAGUGAGAUUACAAAUGCAGCUUGUUGGGCAGAGAGGUCCUUUGACUGGAAUGGGAAAACUUUAUGCUCAUGUGGUAAGAGAGGAAGGGUUCAGAUCCUUGUAUCGGGGACUGUCACCUGCAAUGAUGAGGUCAAUUGUUUAUGGCGGCCUCCGUUUGAGCUUAUAUGAACCAUCAAAAUAUAUCUGUGGAAUGGCUUUUGAAUCUAACAACCUUGCAGUGAAGAUUGCGUCUGGAGCUUUCUCUGGUGCUAUUGCCACGGCACUAACUAAUCCAAUGGAGGUUCUAAAGGUUCGUUUACAGAUGAAUAAGAAAUCACGUAGAGGAGCCGUUAACGAGCUGCAGAAAAUUGCUUCUGAAGAGGGGGUCACUGCUCUUUGGAAAGGGAUUGGGCCUGCAAUGGCCAGAGCUGCUGCUCUAACUGCAUCUCAAUUGGCAACAUAUGAUGAAACCAAACAGGUGUUACUAAAGUGGACUUCUCUUGAGGAAGGAUUUUAUCUGCAUCUCAUAUUUGCAUGUGGUGAAGCUCCAGUACAUUAGCAGGAGCUGUAAGCACCCUUAUAACGGCACCCAUGGACAUGGUUAAAACUCGUCUUAUGUUGCAACGAGAAUCCAAGAGUGCUGGAACUUAUAAAAGUGGACUUCACUGUGCAUAUCAGGUGGUAGCUCAAAUAUCUUAUUGCAAGAUGGCUUACCACUGUUAUUUCUAUCGUUACUAUUUCUGAGAUAAUUGUUUAGCAAGUAAAUACCUUUGAAAUAUGAAAACAUAAAUAGGGAAGAUAGGUGUACUAAUGGAGAAGGAAGUAGCAGUUGACAUUAUUGGUAUAUUGAGAUGAUGACAAGGACAUAAAACUUGCGGAUUUGAGCUGAUGUUCCUGCAAUUGUGAUUUCAGGUUCUGCUCAGUGAAGGUCCUCGGGGUCUUUACAAAGGCGGCCUUGCGAUAUUUGCGAGGCUGGGUCCCCAGACGAUGAUCACCUUUAUAGUUUGUGAGAAGCUGCGUGAUCUAGCAGGAUUGAAGGCGAUCUAAGGCCUAAAUCUAUGCCUGUCGUAGUACUCCGUAUUCGUUAGCAUUUUUUGGUGCUUCAUGUUGAUAGUUGCUGAAGGUAAGAAUUACUCUUAUCUGACCAUAUUAUUUUGCCCCCAGUCCCCCACUCUCAUGCAGUGUUUUUUGUCCACUAAAUGGUUAGCGGUGGAUAUAGUUUUGAAAAAAAAAGAAAGACACAAAAACUUCCCUGGUCCGGUCACAUUGCACGAAAUGGGGUUCCAGAAGUGGGUCUCGGGGUUCAUUUUAUUCCUUUUUACGCACCUCUAGAAGCACAUUUUCGUGCAAUGCUCACAUUUUUUGUUUAGGUUCCUCCAUCCAUCACCCAAGCUAACCAUUCUUCCAAUAAUAGCUACUACUAGUAUUGUACAUGAAAAUAGGCCUGUAUAAUUUUAAUACAGCAUUGAAUUUAUUGUUUCCAAAUGUAUUGGGACGAAUUUGAAUAUUGUUACUACUACGCAUUUAUCAAUUGAUACAAUGUAUGAAAGUUUGUGGUUGG